CAAAAGAAUAGAAAUAGAGGCCAAUCAGAUUGUUGCUUACAGUGACGCAACAAGGCAGGAAGUUGAAUAGCCUGGAAGUAGAGGUUUAUGCAGCCAUGUGGCCGGUGAUCUUGACUGCAAUGCGCACUUAUGCGCCCUAUGUGACCUUCCCAGUGGCCUUUGUGGUAGGAGCUGUUGGAUACCACCUUGAGUGGUUUAUCCGGGGAACUCCUAACGCCCCGGGAGAAGAGAGGGGCAUUGCAGAGCUACGGGAGGAUAGGAAACUAGAGGAACUGACCGGUCAGGACAGCACACAGGUCCUCAGCCUCAAGGACAAACUGGAAUUCACACCAAGAGCAGUGCUGGACAGAAACCGACCGGAGAAGAGCUAAGUUUUACUAAAUGGAAUUAAUUCCUGCAAGAUUGCCAUAUAAUGAUGUGCAACUUCUCAAACUUUGGGUGUCACACUCAACAGUCCCUAGGGACGGGAACUUUGUCAGAAAUAUUUUUUUGAGGGAUUUCAUGCCCAUUCCUAUGUCACUUCAUUCUGGCACCCUAUUUACAUGGAGUCUUUCUGUAAUAUUUACCAGUCCGCCUGGAGGAACUUGAUUGCUGAGAGAUUUUUUUUUUGUACAACUUUCAUUCUUUGAGUCUUCUUAAUAUUUAUCUUCUGCCCUUAGGCAUGCAGACACAUGACUAGAUCGCACAAGUCCUAACUUGGAAAGCUUUAAUUAAGGUUUUCCAUUCGUGCUCGCUGUCAUGCGCUUUGCUUGUGAAUUUUGUCUGUGUGAAUAAAGUGCAUCUAGGCAAAACUUGA